AUGUGUAUUGAAAAAUUUACAAAUGUUAUAAACGAGGUUGCUAAACCAUUGUUUAGUAAAAAUAUAAAAAGCCCUCGUUGCGACUGUACCGGAGACAAGACACUUGACUCUAGCGAACAGUCGUGUAAUAAAUACACAGAAUGCAAGUUCAGUAAACCACCAUUCAAUGAAUGCAAGUACAAUGAACCACCAUUAAAUGAAUGCAAGUUCAAUAAACCACCAUUCAAUGGUAAGAUUGUAGGAAACAUGAACUGUGUUGGUGACCGCAUACAGUAUAUAUGUGAUUCAGGAUAUGAGGUACCAAAAGAAUCUGAAUAUGCCGUUUGUCAACCUGACGGAAAAUGGAGUGUGAUUGUCGACAAAUGCACAAAAAUUAAAGAGACAAAUGUUGCCCUAGGGAAAAAAACUGCCAUGUCAAGCGAAUUCAAUGGUUACAUUGGAAACAAAGGCGUAGAUGGCAAUACAAACCAAGGUAUUGACAAAGGAUCUUGCUUUCAUACUGACAAGGAAACAAACCCAUGGUGGCGAGUCGAUCUCGGAGCUAUGUAUCAUAUUGUCAGUGUAACAUUAUUCAAUCGAAUUGAUGUCUGCGAGACUGGCGGAUGCAAUCAUCGGGCUAAUGACUUGAGGUUGGGUAUUGGGACGACACUGGAGUCUAUGAACAUUGUUGGCACUGUGCCAGAUCAGAUUGACGAUAUUCAUACGUUCAGUUUUCCUAAGGGUAAACAAGCAAGAUACGUUCAAGUGUCACUCGAAGGAGAAAAAACUCUGCAUCUUUGCGAAGUGCAGGUGUUUGGAUUUCCAAUUGAAGAGACAAAUGCUGCCCUAGGGAAACAGACUGCCAUGUCAAGCAUAGCUCUCGGUCACGAUGGAGCUAAAGGCGUAGAUGGCAAUACUAACCAAGAUUUGCACGAAGGAUCUUGCUUUCAUACUAAUAAUGAAAUAAACCCGUGGUGGCGAGUCGAUCUUGGAGCUAUGUAUCAUAUUGUCAAUGUAACAUUAUUCAAUAGAAUUGAUAGUGUCUGCGAGACUGGCGGAUGCAUUCAGAUGCGAAGACAUUAUAUCACAAGAGCGCCAUUCGAGUGA